AUGAGUUUCUGGCGAUACAACAAAUCCGCUGUGAGCUCAGAGUCGAGAAGAAGAGGUGUAGCCAAGGAGACUCACUAUGUUCCACCAAGUGUCCCAGCAAAACGAGCAAAAGUUGUCAAGGAACCUAGCCAAGGCCCUUUCGGUGCACCCGUCUUAGAAAGCGCAUUGAAUCGACGUACGAGCGGUAGUUUGCCCUGCAUUCCUGUUCUAUCUCCUCCUUGA